GGAGGACACCAGCCCGGUUGACGAGGAGUAUUAAGUGUUACGUGCGAGGAAAGCUUUCUAAUCUCUGAUCGCUUGGAUUAUUGUCCCAAUGGACGGGAUUUAGCCCCUGUCCGUGGUUUUUGGACACUAUUUUACGCACAGCGCACCGCCUUUUCUGCGGUUGUAUCCGCGCCCUUAGCAUUCCUGCACGAUGGAUUAAACACUCAUUAGUUUUAACCUAGUUUUUGAGUUUCUCUUUGAAUCUUUUUUGGAUUAUUAAUGGACUCGCAUCAUGCUAAAUGAAGUGAUUUUUUGCUCACUGCAGCGCGCAGCCGUACUUUGGAUUAAGAGGCAGAGACUUUCACCAGCUCCUGGACUAAGCGCCCGUCUGUUCCCCUGAGACACUCUGACUUGUUUCCUACCUUGCGACUCGCAGGGAUGGAGAGUGAGCUGAGACCCAGGCUCUGUUUCCUCCACAAAGGAGAGGGCGGAUACGGUUUUCACCUGCACGGUGAGCGGAAUAGAGGCGGACAGUUCAUACGCAGAGUGGAGCCCGGCUCCUCGGCUGACCUGGCCGGUCUGAGACCAGGGGACCGGGUGGUGGAGGUGAACGGGGAGAAUGUGGAGAAAGAAAAUCACCAUCAAGUGGUGAAUCGUAUCCGGGAGGUGGACCACCGCACCAGGCUGCUGGUGGUGGACAGGGACACGGACGACUACCUCCUCAGCGAAGGCCUGGCCUGCACCGAGGACCUGGCCGUCGAGAUGGGAACCCUCUCCCCGCUGCUCACGCCCACAACCCCUCUUUCCCUUUCUCCCAUCCCCAGAGAGUGUUCACCCAUGUCCCCCAACCAGACACACUCAUUUCAUUUCCCUCCUGCUGCAGACUCACCCACUCAUGUGAUUACGCAAGGCAAGGUCAAGAGAUCCUCACUGACAUCAAGUACAACAACUGACACAGAGCUUAAGUCUGAGCCCUCACCUGAGUUGACAACUGAGCUCUUCCCCCGACUGUGUCACGUCGUGAAGGGGGAGAACGGCUUCGGCUUCAACCUGCACAGCAAUAAGAAGAAGCCUGGACAGUUUGUCCGUUCUGUGGACCCUGGUUCACCUGCAGAGAGAGCAGACAUCCGGCCCGGAGACAGACUAGUGGAGGUGAAUGGAGUGAACAUCGAGGCUCUGAGGCACUCGGAGGUGGUGGCCCUCAUCAGAGCGGGAGGGGAGGAAGUCAACCUCAUCAUGGUGGACCAGGAGACGGACAGGCUCUUCCACAGACUAGGGAUCACGCCCACCACCAGCAAAGUCAAAGGGGUCUAUGUGGACGAGUUGGCCUCAGAAAGUGUCCCACCCACUCCGUCUCCCACCACUGAAGAAAGUGUCCCACCCACUCCGUCCCCCACCACUGAAGAAAGUGUCCCACCCACUCCAUCUCCCACCACUGAAGAAAGUGUCCCACCCACUCCAUCUCCCACCACUGAAGAAAGUGUCCCACCCACUCCAUCUCCCACCACUGAAGAAAGUGUCCCUCCCACUCCGUCUCCCACCACUGAAGAAAGUGUCCCACCCACUCCGUCUCCCACCACUGAAGAAAGUGUCCCUCCCACUCCGUCUCCCACCACUGAAGAAAGUGUCCCACCCACUCCGUCUCCCACCACUGAAGAAAGUGUCCCUCCCACUCCGUCUCCCACCACUGAACUGCCAGGCACGGAAGCACCAAUCAUCAACGUCAGUUACGUCACGCUGACUGACUCCCCCAUCACAACGGUGUCUCUGAAGUCCCGCAUCAACGGGAGCUUAGCAUCCCAGUCUUCUAGAAGCUCCACCACCCAAUCAGAGAUCAGCAGCUCAGACAUGAGCAUCCAGAUGCCUGAUGAGGACGACAGGCGCGUUUCAGACCCUUUCAUGGACAGUGGCCUGCGACUGAGCCCGACAGCUGCCGAGGCAAAGCAAAAUGCCCUCGCCGGCCGCAACAAGAAGAGAGCGCCCCCUAUGGACUGGAACAAGAGACAAGAGAUCUUCAGCAACUUCUGACUCAUUGAGGAUACAGUGACAAAAACCAGAAGAAGCAUGAGCAUUGCAUCAGGGAGGAACGACAUCGCGUUUGCUACCCUAGGUGUAGGAGUAAUCAUAAGUACAGUACCUAAAUCUUGGAGACGCAAAUGGAACAAUGAUCUGAAAAGAUCAAAAUCAAGUAGUCACCUUUAUAUAAACUGUGUAACGAUUUAGGACCGAAGGAGGUCGGUGGGUCACGUGGAGCGCGAUGGCUGAACAGAAAUGGGACGGUCUGGUCUACAGCACCAGAGCGGCUGUUGGACAUGACGAGAAGUUUUAAUGCCUGUUCGGUUUUUUAACAUGUGCAAUGUUAGCUGUUCAGUUGAGUUGAAUACUGAUACAUUUCUAAUAAUCAGAUGUUUUGAUCUUGUUACUUGCUGGUACCAUAUCCUUUUGAAAAGCAGUUUGCACACUAAGCAAAAUGAAUCCUGGGAUAGGUCGGCCCGAGAAGGAUUUGACACAAUCGGCCUUCAAAUGUAGCCUCUGAUGGAGGCCGCCCCUGAAUAAGGACACAGCAGUAGUUCUUAUAGUGCAAUUAAUAAGUUCUGUUCUGUGUAAAAAAACAUUGUAUUUAUCUUCUCUAGAUAUGGUAUCUUUCUAAGGACAAGGCAACAUGCGGAUGUGUCAUAAACGUUACAACACGCUGUAACAAACAAGGACAUUGAUGAUCAGCAGACCAUCGACUGAGAGACUUGUAUAUUGAACCGGUGCCUGCUCACGACAGAGUGUUUCUCUUUAUUAAAACAUAUGUGAGAGGCGUGAGGAGUAACAUGUGAGUCUACAGCGUGUGUGUUCUCCUGUUUGUGUAUCACUCAUAUUUUCGGCAUGUGUCUGGUUUUGGGCCAUGUUUACUGUAGAAGUUUUGUCUUU